AUGGAGAUACUUUGCGAACGAAUUCGACGCAUCUUCCAAGAGGAUCAGAUCGAUGUGCAAGAGGUUGAAGACGUCUUCAGAGCGUACAAAAGUAAUCCGGAUGACUGGAGUAAAUUCGCACAAUUCAACGACAACACAUAUACGAGAAAUUUGGUGGACGUUGGCAAUGGCAAAUACAAUCUUAUGAUAUUAUGCUGGGGUCCUGGUAUGGGCAGCAGUAUUCACAGUCAUACUGAUGCACACUGUUUCGUGAAAAUGCUUGACGGUGCUUUGUUGGAGCAGCGUUUCGAAUGGCCAUCAUCAAGUGAUCAAGAGCAACCUCUCAAACAAAUCUCCUCAAAUGUUUGUGCAAAAAACGAUGUCACCUAUAUCUGCGAUGAACUUGGCUUACAUCGCAUGGAGAAUCCAAGUCACGUCGAUAACGCAGUCAGCUUACACUUGUACAUACCACCGUUCCAAGAGUGUCAUUCGUUCGAUCAGGUAUAUCUUACGAAAACACCCACAAUAACAGACAGCACUGAUCAAAAUAAUACCAGCACUAUCAAAUCACCAUCAAUAAUAUUCAAGCAAAUACUCAACUGA